GGCGCGUCCGGCGGGCGGGGCGCGCUGGGGCGGCGGGAGCUGCGGCGGCGCGGCGGCAGCAGCGGAUCGGGAUCGGGAUCGGGAUCGGAGCCGGGAUCCGGAUCGGGAUCGGAGCCGGAGCGGGUGAUGUGCCAUGGCUGAUCCUCUCUCCAAAUCCGACCUCGUUGCAGCCUUGGCUCUCUUUGCUGGUGACCCAACCUACUUUCAGCUGGAUCAUGGAACCUUUGGGCAGACAGUGCCGUGUAAACCUAAAACAGGAGUGGAUCCGUGCGAGGUUUGGUGCAGCCUCCCCGUGGAGAAACUGCGGGAAAUUUGUAACGUGAUCAAAAUCCGAAUAUUCUGGUGCGCGCUGUUCACCAGGGAGAGCACGGCCUUCCUGGACACCUUCUGUUUGAUGUUCCUGGACUGGGACAUGAAGAAAGUUCAUGAGUUCAAUGUCAUGGAAGACCUCGCUGAUUUAAUUAAAAAAGUUGUUAACAUUCCGCAUUUCAUCAGUGGCAUCCUGAGGAUUGGCACUGGGAUAGAAAAUGGGCUGUUCCCGCUGGGCGAGGCGCUGGACUGGGUGCGCAGCGCGGGGGACCCGGGGAUGCUGCAGGGCCUGGAGCGCAUGGGCGACUUCGGCCGCGUCAUCCUGGCCAUGUUCUUCUCGGAGUGGAAGCGCUACAUCACCAAGGUGGCGCUGGAGGAUUUCGAUCUGGUGGCCGAUCUGCAGGCCCUGACCUGCGACAGCUCCAGGAAGAAGAGCGAGGCCAUGAAGCAGAGAGGAAAUGCAGAAUUUGCCCAGGGAGCCCUGGGCUCUGCCAUCGUCUCCUACACCAAAGCCAUCGAGUUCUGCCCUACCAACCACCUGCUGUAUGGGAACCGAGCUCUGUGCUUCAUCCUCACCAGGCAGUACGGGAGAGCUGUCCUUGAUGGGAAAAGAGCCAUCGUUCUCAAGCCUGACUGGCCAAAGGGGCACCACCAUUACUGCAAGGCGCUGGCGCUGCUGGGCAAGGCGGAGCUGGCGCUGGCGGCCAACGCGCGGGCACAGGAGCUGUGCCAGGGCAGCCCCGAGGGGCUGCGCGAGCUCCUCACACAGAGCCAGCGGCUGCGGGGCGGCCGGGGUACUGAGCAGAGAGAGAAGGCGAGGAAGGAUCUGCCAGAGAAAAAGGACCGAAAUUCCUCCAAAUCUCCUCCAGGGAAUUGCCGGGAGCAGAAAGGAGCAGGGAGGGAGAGGAGGAGGAGCCGGGAUGAGCCCGAGGGGGCGGAAAUGCAGGAAAAGGUGACCGAGCCCCAGAGGGCAGAAGGCAAAGGUUCCACGCUGGAGCAGCCUCCGAACCAAAGCCAGCAAAGCAAACGAAAGCCAAAAACCAAAACUUGUGACCAUGAAAAAAUGAGGGAUCAUGUGGAUUUGAAGAGGGAAAAAGCCAUGGAGGAUAAAGGUUUCUGUGCUGUGCCACAGGUGGAUUUCAGCUGCCUGCCCGAGGCUGUGAAGGCGCUGGCGCGCGAUGGCUGCCGGGCCCUGCAGGAGCAGCAGUGCCACAGCGCCGAGCUCGCCUUCUCCCGGCUCCUCGGCAUCCUCUGCGCCUCGGGCGUGGCGUAUAUGAAUAAUGUAAAUAUUCUUAAUAUUAAUUAUGUUAUAUUCCUCUAUGGACAUGCCACUGCCCUCCUGGGAAUGGGACAUCCUGAGGCAUUGGCAAAAGCUGAAGUUCAGUUUAAGAAAAUAAUUGAGCAAUAUCCAGAAGAAAGCUGUUUUUGUUUGGCACACUAUGGAAUUGGAAGGGUUUACCUCAGGCAAAACAGGUUUGUUCAUGCCCUCGACCAAUUCCUGAGGUCAAAGCUGAUGAUUGAUUUCAAUAUUGUCCCUGGAGUUUUAACCUGGCCAGGAACAACUCAGGUCAUCGAGGAGACGCGAAUAGAGAAUUUACAGAUGGCUUUAAGGAAUUAUAUUGAGGAAUGUAAAUUCCCCCCAGCCCCAGAUGCUGUGUGUCGAUACCAGCAGUGCCAUGGCUACUCCAAAAUCCAAAUAUAUUUUACAGACCCAGACUUUAAGGGUUUUAUACGUGUUAUCUGCUGCCAGCAGUGUCGGGUGGAAUUCCACAUCAGCUGCUGGAAAAAGCUGAAAACAGCAAGCUACAGUGAUAAAAAUGAUAAGGAUUUCCUUAAGGAAAUUUGUUUUACUCCUGAUUGUAAAGGCCUUAUUUCAAAAAUAGUUAUUUUCAGUCCUCCUGGCGUGGUAAAAUGUGAAUUUGAACAAAAAAUCCCAAAAGUGAAGGAACCACCAAGGGCCUGUAUAAAACAGAAAUGCACAAGCCUCAGGAACAUCAAAAUAAAGCAAGAAAAGAAGAAAUGGCGGAAAAGAGCGCGGGAAGCAGCCAGGAAUUGUGCCAGGAAUUCUGUCAGGAAUUGUGCCAGGAAUUCAGCUGAGGAAAAACAGGAGGGGAAGGAGCAGCCCCAGGGCAGCCAGAACAGGGGAGCUGGCCAGGAUUUAUACGCCGGCGACCAAAUCCUGCAGCACCUGCGGCGCAAUGCCGAGAAGAUCAAAGCCGCUGUGCCCGACCCUGCCGGGUUACUGAGGGAAUUGCUGGCCUGGGGGGUGAUGGCAGAGCAGGAUUUCAGCUCCUCUUCCCAAAUCCACGAUUCCCAGGAGGUGCUGGAGCGGCUGCUGAGCUCCGUGGUCCAGGAGAGGAGCCGGGUGCGGAGCCGCGGCUUCCUGCACGUGCUGAGCCGGAUCCACGAGGUGGAUGCCAAAGUGCACAAGUGGCUGCAGCACCUGGAUCACCUGGGUCUGACAGCUACAAAAAACUUCCUCCAUCAAUAUGGCCAAGUUCUGCAAGAGCUUGAUUUUUCUAUUUUAACCCCGCUGUGGAACCAGAGAUAUGGCAGUAAAUUCGAUAAGGUGGCAGCUGAUGGGGAAAAAAAGGAAAUUUGUGAUUAUUUCCUCUCCCCUCCCCUAGAGAAAUCCCGGUGUUUUAUUUGGCUGUUGGAGGAAAACAGAGAACAUUUCCCUCAGCUCCAUCAGGCUUUAGAUGAAUUCUUUGAUAAAAUGGAUGAUCCAACCAUUAUAUUAAAGAAACAAGGAAAUGAGAAUUUAUCAAAUAAUGAAAUCAAAGUUAAAAAUAAAAACAGGAAGAAGAAUUUGAAAGAUUCAAAGUCUAUUUUAGUAUUAUCCAGUGGAAUUAGUACAGCACCACGAGAAGAAGAGAAGAUAUUUAUAGAAGAAAAUAAUGUAGAUUUUCCAAAUGAAAAUCCCUUUGGAGUCCCAGAACAUCUCCAGGAUCAACUGGAGGAAUUCGAAGCUCGUUAUAAUAUUGCAAAUAAUAACAAUUAUCAGAUUAAUAAUAAUAAUAAUCCAGAUCCAAUCUCUGAGAAUUUAUAUGAUUAUUUCUCUCAAAUCUUGGAAGAACAUGGCCCUCUGGAAAUUAAUAAUAAAUUGCUGAUUGGGGAAUAUGAGAAUUUCCCUGAGGAGACGCGGAAGGUGGUGGAAGACGGGGGCGGCCUGGAGGCCUUCCUGCUGAAAUCCCUGCGCUUCCUCAUGGUGGAUAAUCUGAUAGGCCUGCAGAAACACUCGGCCCUUUUUGAGGGAGAUCCCAGCAGAAAUGAGAAUAAAGAUGAAAAUCCCACACCUGGGCAGUGCCAGGGGAACCCUGCCCACACCAAGCUGCCCCUCAACCCCUACGCCCAGGAGUUCAAACCUCUCUCGUACCCCGUGGAGGCCCCUGUGGCAGCAGCUCCUGAUUUAUCCGAUUAUCACACCCCACAAUAUUUCCCCUGCUCCUUCCCUGCUCCCUGCACUCCUGGAAAUCCUCUAGAAAACGAAAAUAUUGAUUCCAUGGAAAGCCAGGCUCCGUUUUCAGGUGUUUUACUGGAAGGCUUCCAGCCUGCAGGCCCGGCUGUGUUUUUACCUCAGAGCUCCUGGGGUUAUCAGUAUGGAAUCUUGCCCCUGGCACAGGCUGGGCUCAUUUAUGCUGAUCCUGCAGCUCCUCAGGAACACCUGCACUCAGCAAUCCCCAGCCCGGAGCUCUUUGUGCCAGCUGAAAUCCAGCAGUGCAAAGGCCCCUGGGGCCAAUUGGAGAACUCGGAUAAAAAGGAUUCUGCUUUAUCAAAUGGCUCGGAUGAAGCUGAGGGUGAUAAAUGUGUUAAAAAGGAAAAAGGAAAGAAAAAUAAAGGCGGGGUGAAGAGCAAUCCUCACACAAGGAUGGUGGCAGUGCAGGUAAAUCAGGAAGUUGCUGAUAGGGAAACCAAUACUUUGCCUUUCCAUCCAUUUGAAAAUCAACAGGGUGACAUCCUGCGCCUGCAGAAGGAGCACCGGGUGCUGCAGGAGCAGCUCCGCCAGGCCCAGCUGAAAUCGGAGCAGUCCCAGAGCCGGAGCCGCGAGGAGAUCUCAGCUCUGCAGGGGCUCCUGAGGAAAAGCAUCGAGGAGAGCGAGGUGUCCCAGAAUGAGCUGGAUUGGUUCCACCAGGACUCGGAGGCACAGAUGAGGAAAUGGCAGCAGGAGAAGAAGGAGAACCGGGAGAAUUUAAAAGCUCUGAAGGGCACAGCCAAAAAACACUCGGACACCAACGAGAGGUAUUUGAAGAGCAUUGAGGAGAAGGAAAAGCAAUAUAAUGCAAGUGUAAAGACAUUUCUGAAGGCCAGUAAGAAAUUUGCUAAUGAGAAAAGCAAAUUGGAAGAGCUGAUCAAAAAGAGUCAGAAUGAGAGGCAGGAGUGUGAGAAAAGAGCUGUUGAAGCAGAGAUCUCGGUGCUGCAGAGCUGGAAGGAAGCCGAGAGCUGCAGGCUCAGGGGCGCCAUUGCCAAGGCCCAGGGGAACCUGCGGCUGCUGCGGGCGCUGGGCAGCAGCUCAGCUUCUGCAGCUCCCGUGUUGAAGUCCCAGGUUGAUUCCUGGGAAAUAUUUAUAUCAAAUGUCAAGAAACAACUGGAAAAAGUCGAGGCCGAGUACGAGGAGAGGAUGGAGCAGGUGGGGAGGGGGGCCCGGGGCUGCCUCAGCAGAGUGGAGGUUGUGGAUUUGCCAUGGCCCCAGGGCUUUGUGGCAAUGCCGCUCAGAGCUGCCGUGUGUGACCCUGCCAUUGUCACCUGCUCAGCGCCUGCCCAUCCCGGUGCCCUCCCUGCGUUUCCCAGCUCCGAUGGAAAAGCUCCAGCCCAGCCUCCCCUGCAGGCACCCAGCGGAGCCACGGCGGCCCCUGAGGCUCCUCCUGCCCCCGGGAAAGCUCCAGACAAACAUCCCCGAGCUCCAGAGGGAUCACAUCCCGCUAAAAUCCCACCAGGAGCUCCUGGGAGGAACUCCCAGCCUGCCCAGCCCAGCCAGGAUCCCUCAGCUCUGCAGCAGAGGCCGCCUGCAAUGCCAACCAACAAAAAGCUUCCAAAAAAAAUGGAAAAUAUUUUAGCCCAGCUGCAGAGUGUAUUCCCAAACUGCAGCAGCUCAGAGCUCACGGCCUCCAUCCGGGAGGUGCAGAGGAGGAGCGGGAGCAGCCUGAGCCCCAGUGAAAUCCUCAGCAGGGCCACGGAGCUCAUCCUGGACCAGCAGCAGCUCAAGGCCCCGCCAGCGGGCACAGCCCUGCCCUCACCAGGCCCUGCUGCCCCCGCCCGGCCCAGGGCAGCGCCCAUGGAUGGACCCGGCCCCAAAACCUCCGCGGGCAAAAACCCCUCCCAGCCCAACCUGCAGCCCUGGGGCAGUGCUGGAGCAAUCCCCAAAGCCAAGUGGAGGAAGCAGGACAGUGCUGCCUGCAGUGAGGAUCCCUGCAGCAUCUGCCACGAUGAGCUGAGCAGUGACUGCUGUGAGCUCGAGUGUGGCCAUCACUUCCACAGAGAGUGCAUCCGGACGUGGCUCAAGCAGCACUCCAGCUGCCCCAUCUGCCGCGUGCACGCUCUGCUGCCCGAGGACUUCCCCGAGCUGCCGGCCUGGAACCGGCCCGGCUGAGCCUCCUCUGCUCCUGCACAAUUCCAGCU